UGUAAUUUAGAUUAUGCUAACGUUCUCAGUGCUGACAAAACAUUCUUUUAGUAUAUUACAUGUCUACGUAUUUUAAUAAUUUUUAAUUUCUUAUUAAAUAGUGUAAUGUUUUAAGUUACAAUUAACAUCUAAAUUGUGAUAAUUUUUGUUGGAUUAAUUGUUCUUACGAAAAUUUUGAUGUCAUUGGAUAUGGCUAUAAUAUUUAAAAUAAGAUAAACAUUAUUAUGGGACUUGUUUAAAUGUCAUAGUAAAAUACAUUUUUUUUUCAUUAAAAAAGUUAUUUGAACUAACAUGCGAGUGAGCUGUGUUAAUGUACUGAGAUAGUUAAAUAUCUUAUUAUUUAGUUUUUUAAAAAUAUAAUCGACCUAUCACUUAAAUAAUUUUGUAAUCACUAAAAUAAUUUUUAAGAAAUAUAACAAUGACGGCAUUUUUAGAAGUCAGUAAAGAUUUACCGGAUAUUGAAAGUUUGUUGAACUUAAAUCCAAAAAUAAAACCUUAUACAAAUUUUGUACCAUCUUCUGAAACGAAGAAAAACAAACGUCAUUGGAAACGUAAUAAUAAUUUGAAUUGUAACUCAUGUCUAAAAAAUAAUUUUGAGGAUAUCAAACAUACAACAUUGAGUGAACGUGGCGCGCUCAAAGAGUCAGCAAGAUGUUUAAAGUGUGCAGAUGCGCCGUGUCAAAAGUCUUGUCCAACUCAGAUCGACGUAAAGUCGUUUAUAACAUCAAUAUCGAAUAAAAAUUACUAUGGUGCCGCUAAAACAAUCUUAUCAGAUAAUCCAUUAGGUCUUACAUGUGGCAUGGUUUGUCCGACGAGUGAUCUUUGUGUUGGUGGGUGUAAUUUAGCCGCCACCGAAGAGGGACCAAUUAAUAUUGGUGGGUUACAGCAUUUUGCUGUAGAUAUUUUCAAAAAAAUGAAUAUCCAUGCAACUAGAGUACCUGGUCAGUAUGUUGAAUAUUCAGACACGAAAAUAGCGCUUUUAGGGUGUGGUCCAGCAUCAAUAUCAUGUGCAACGUUUCUAGCCCGAUUAGGCUACACUGAUAUCAAAAUAUUUGAAAAGGAAAAUUAUCUUGGUGGCUUAAGUUCAUCAGAGAUACCACAAUAUCGUUUGCCGUAUGACGUAGUCAAUUUUGAAAUUCAACUGAUUCAAGAUUUAAAAGUUAAGAUUGAAUGUAAUCGAAUGCUUUCAGUGGAUGAUUUGACUAUUGAAAAACUUAAAGACUCUGGUUAUAAAGCUAUUUUCUGUGGAAUAGGUUUACCGGAAGCUAAAGUAACUCCAAUAUUUGAGGGAUUAACACAAGAAAUGGGUUUCUACACUUCAAAAAUUUUCUUGCCUUUAGUGUCAGGUGGCAGUAAGCCUGGAUUGUGUGGAUGUAAAUCAAAACUGCCUAGUCUUUAUGGUAACGUUAUCGUUCUUGGAGCAGGUGAUACGGCAUUCGAUUGUGCAACAUCAGCAUUUAGGUGUGGAGCAAAAAAAGUAUUCGUGAUAUUUCGAAAAGGAUUUACAAAUAUCCGUGCGGUACCAGAAGAAAUGGAGUUGGCACGUGAAGAAAAGUGUGAAUUUAUUCCAUUCCAUUCACCAAAACAAGUCAUUGUAAAAGGUAAUAAAAUAGUAGCCAUGGAAUUUUAUCGCACUGAACAAAAUGAUAAUGAUGAAUGGAUAGAAGAUGAAGAUCAAUUAAUACGCAUAAAAGCGGAUUUCAUUAUUUCAGCAUUUGGAUCUGGAUUAUUCGAUCCUAAAAUUAAGGAUGCAAUGUAUCCUAUUAAGUUCAAUAAAUGGGGAUUGCCAGAUGUUGAAACAACUACCAUGAAAACAUCCGUUCCCGGUGUAUUUUGUGGUGGAGAUCUAGCUGGUGUAGCACAAACUACUGUAGAAUCUGUGAAUGAUGGGAAAAUAGCAGCUUGGUACAUCCAUAAAUACAUUCAAGAGUCGCAUGGUUUGACGGUACCAAAAACUCCGCAAUUGCCAAAAUUUCAUAGCUCAAUAGAUGAUAUCGAUAUUAGUGUAGAAGUAUGUGGAAUCAAAUUUGAAAACCCAUUCGGCUUAGCUUCAGCACCUCCUGCAACAACGAGUGCCAUGAUACGAAGAUCUUUUGAAGCCGGUUGGGGAUUUACUGUUACAAAGACCUUUGGAUUAGAUAAAGACCUUGUGACAAAUAUAUCACCCCGAAUUGUCAGAGGGACCACUGCUGGACAUCAUUACGGGCCAGAACAAGGGAGUUUUUUGAAUAUUGAAUUGAUAUCGGAAAAAACUGCUGCCUAUUGGUGCCGCAGUAUUACGGAACUCAAGAGAGAUUUUCCUACGAAAGUUAUUAUAGCAAGUAUCAUGUGUUCUUUUAAUCAAGCAGAUUGGACCAAGCUAGCUCAACAAGCAGAAGCUGCUGGAUCAGAUGCUCUAGAACUCAAUCUUUCAUGUCCACAUGGAAUGGGUGAAUCGGGGAUGGGUUUAGCUUGUGGUCAAGAUCCACAUUUGGUUCGGGAAAUCUCAAAAUGGGUGAAAUCUGCUGUAAAGAUUCCAGUUUUUGUGAAGCUCACACCAAAUAUUACGGAUAUUGUGACCAUUGCGAUGGCUGCAUAUGAAGGAGGUGCUGAUGGUGUAUCUGCAAUAAACACAGUUUCAGGAUUGAUGGGCUUACGAGCAGAUGGAACUCCUUGGCCUGCCAUCGGAAGUGCAAAAGCUACAACUUAUGGUGGAGUAUCUGGAAAUGCAACAAGACCGCAAGCGUUACGCGCAGUUUCUAGUAUUGCUAAAAAAAUUCCGGGGUUCCCAAUUCUUGGGAUAGGUGGUAUUGAUUCUGCUGAUGUUGCGUUACAGUUUAUUUACUGUGGUGCUUCAGUUGUUCAAGUUUGUAGUGCAAUACAGAAUCAAGAUUUUACAUUGAUUGACGAUUACACUACUGGUUUGAAAACUUUGAUAUAUUUAUCGGCUUUAGAACACACCAAACAUUGGGAUGGACAGAGUCCGCCGACUUUUAAGCAUCAAAAAGGAAAACCAGUUUUGUUACAUCCGCUAGGUAACCACGUUCCGUACUUUGGAGAAUAUCAAAUUAUGAGAGAAAAAGCAAUAGCAAAGAUGCGUAUGGAUUCAGAUCCCUUGAAGACAUCGGAAAGUGAAUAUGAAAUGAAGAAUGGAAAAUCUGAAUUAACUGUAGGCCCAAUAUUAAAAAUCAAAGAUUUAAUCGGUAAAGCAUUACCAAAUAUUGUUAAUUACAAACAGUUGGAUAACAAAAAACAAGUUGUUGCUCUGAUUGACGAUGAUUUAUGUAUCAACUGUGGGAAAUGUUAUAUGACUUGUGCUGACUCAGGGUACCAGGCAAUCGAAUUUAAUUCUGAUACCCAUAUUCCAAAAGUGAACGACGAUUGUACUGGAUGUACUUUGUGUUUAUCGGUUUGUCCGAUUAUUGAUUGUAUUACUAUGGUACCCAAAACCAUUCCGCAUGUUAUAAAACGAGGUAUAUACGUCAAUAAUAGUUAAUGGUAAGACUUAAAUAGAGCAAAACUUUGUUGUUGUAAAAUUAUCAAUUAAAAUCGUUCUUACAAAAAAAAAAAAAAUAAAUAAAAUAAAAUAAAAUAAAAUAAAAUAAAAACUAACUGUGACAAAUAACAUACAUUACAUUUUUUUGUAUUUUGAACUAUACUAACCUUUAAUAUUAAAGAAAACUAAUAGAGAUUAUAGAACCGGGUUCUGUACCAUUUAAACCGAAGAAAUUUCAACCAAACGACACUUCAACCGUGGACACUUCAACGAACGACAGUUCAACCUAGCGACAUUUCAACUGAAAACGAUGAAAUCAAACAUUUAAACGAAAACUUAUAAAUUUUAACAUGUACAGUAUCAUAUAAAAACGACAAAAUAUCCACAACAACACAUAUGCUUGAAAUCGUACUGUGCCUUUUUUUCACAUAUUUUGAGUGGGUAUUAUUUUGGAAAUAGAUCAACAUAUAUGCUUGGAAUGGUACAGCACCCGUUUAUCAAAAACCAAGAAUUGUUUUUUCUUUGGAUAUUCUAUCGCGGAUAUUUUGUCGUAGAUAUUUGAUCAGGAAUUUUUUGACGGUUAAAAUGUCGCUAGGUUAUACUAUCGUUCGGUUAAAGUGUCGUGAUUGAACUGUUGAGGUUGAACUGUCUGCAGUUUAAUAGUCGCGGUACCAUAGAACUGUAGUCAUUCGAAAAUUUUAUUGUGAAUGACUUAUAGUAGUGAUAUUUUUUCCAAUUAUUCAAAUUUUUGUCAGUAAGUAAAUAAAAUUCGAAGACAAAUCUAUAAGAUAGCUUUUGAUUACUUUAAAAAAGUAAGCUCGCCAUUAAUUAAAAACUGAAUAUUUAAAAACUGAUUUGAAUUAUUUAAAAAUUGACGAAUAAUUAUGGAUUUCAAAUCGGAUAGUUAUACUCGAUUAGAUUUGACCAAGAUUUACACACCUCUAAUACACAUAGAUAAAUUCGUCGUUUUCGCAAAAAAUUUCCCAUAUAAACUCGGUAAACUCGUCAUAAUUUAAGGUAAAAUGACCGUAUUUUAUGUUUGAAUCAACUACAGCAAAUCUAUCUUAAACUAGAUUAUUUUACCAUAAAGACAGUGUUUAACCAUAAAUUAUGAUAAAUUCAGUUCAAUUUUACGGGAAAAUCAGUACAAGCCUGUGAUUUUUGUGUUUUAACCGAAUUUACUGUCUUAACGUAAAUUGGAUUAAUCAGGAUUAUAGAAUAGCUUUUGAAAGAUUAUAAUCUAUUUUUAUUAUUAUUUUUUUUUUAAUUCAGAAUGUAUAUCUUUAGUAAGCUUAACUUUGUAUUUAUCAAUUUAAUUAUUACCAUUAUAUCACAUAACGGAUAGAUUCCAAUAAAAUAUAAUUGAAUUUAAUAUCAUUAAAA